AUGUUUAGUGCUUCUGACACUCCUCAACAAGACCAUAACGCUCAACAAGAUAAAUGGAAAUCACAACCGGUUGAUAGCCUUUCUUUACCAGUAGCAAACACUAUCCGUGUAAUGAGAAAGUCAGUCUCAAUGCCUAAUGGAUCUGCAGUACGUAUUUCUAAAGAUGCUCAAGAAUAUAUGACUGAAUUAGCAACGGAAUUUUUAUCAUUUAUAGCCUCUGAGGCUGCUGAUGUACCAAAAGGAUCGGUGAAGUCUAAACACACUCUUACAGGAGCGGACGUUAUAGAUGCAUUAGAUAGACUAGGAUUUGAAGAUUAUUGUCCUUCACUUCAAAAACACUUAAACCACUUUCGUCAGGUGAAUGCACAAGAUGAUGGGUAUGAACCUAGAAAAGAGUUUUAUGAAAGUCAUAUUUCGAUGAAUGAUGAAUUUCCACCUCAACCUCCAUGUUAA